CCCUCCUGGAAGGCAGCCGGGAAGGCCAGUGCCAGGGACCUGGAAGGGAGAGGAUCCACAGCCAAGGAGAAUACUGCGGGUCUCAUUCAGAGUUGCGUGGAAGGUCUGAGCCUCCUUCCCCUGAAUGGUCCCUCCUCACCCCCAGCCGCAACUCUCUCCAAAUCCCACCGCCACCCACUGCCGCCGCCAGGGUGAAUAAUUCCAGGAAGUUUCAAUGGCAGAGCCGAAAAACUAAGUCACCCUUAGGCAGCCAACCCCGGUGACAGAAAGUGGUGCGCCCAGGCUGGUGAGUUGUGGGGCUUCCUCUGGAGGCGGAAGAAAGAGAAGUGGAGACAUUUGCGGACCUGGUGGUCGGGAUCUCUCGUCCUCAUGGCUUCAUCCAGUAGCUCCAGCAAGGUCUGCUCCCAUGUCAUCGAUCACAGCCAGGUCCCUGAAUUUGAGGUGGCCACUUGGAUCAAAAUCACCCUCAUCUUGGUGUACCUGGUCAUCUUCGUGGUGGGCAUCUUGGGCAACAGCGUCACCAUCCGGGUUACGCAGGUAUUGCAGAAAAAGGGCUAUUUGCAGAAGGAGGUGACAGAUCACAUGGUCAGUUUGGCCUGUUCAGAUAUCUUGGUCUUUUUGAUUGGUAUGCCCAUGGAAUUCUACAGCAUCAUUUGGAACCCCCUGACCACGCCCAGCUACACGCUGUCCUGCAAGCUCCACACGUUCCUCUUUGAGACGUGUAGCUACGCCACGCUGCUGCACGUGCUGACCCUCAGCUUUGAGCGCUACAUUGCCAUUUGCCAUCCCUUCAGGUACAAGGCCGUGUCUGGACCUUGUCAGGUGAAACUGCUGAUCGGCUUUGUGUGGGUCACCUCCGCCCUGGUGGCGCUGCCCUUGCUCUUUGCCAUGGGUAUCGAGUACCCUCUGGUGACUGUGCCCACCCACAAAGGACUCAGCUGCAACCUCUCUCGCACCCGCCACCAUGAGCAACCUGAGAGCUCCAAUAUGUCCAUCUGCACAAACCUCUCCAGCCGCUGGGUUGUCUUCCAGUCCAGCAUCUUUGGAGCCUUCGCCGUUUACCUGGUGGUCCUGGUGUCUGUGGCUUUCAUGUGUUGGAAUAUGAUGAAAGUGCUAAUGAGGAGCAAGAAGUGCUCUCUGCCAGGCACGGGGCCACAGCUGCAGCUGAGGAAGUCAGAGAGUGAGGAGAGCCGGACAGCUAGGAAACAGACCAUCAUAUUCCUGAGACUGAUUGUGGUGACCCUGGCCAUGUGUUGGAUGCCAAAUCAGAUUCGACGGAUCAUGGCUGCAGCAAAACCCAAACAUGACUGGACCAAGUCGUACUUCAAGGCAUACAUGAUCCUUCUCCCCUUCUCGGACACCUUCUUCUACCUCAGCUCUGUGGUCAACCCUCUCCUGUACAACGUGUCCUCUCAGCAGUUCCGGAGAGUGUUCUGGCAGGUGCUGCGCUGCCGGCUGACUCUGCAGCAUGCCAACCAGGAGAAAUGCCAGCGGGCCCACUUCAGUUCCGCAAAGGACAGCACCCGCUCCGCCCGCAGCCCCCUCAUUUUCCUAGCCUCCCGGUGCAGUAACGCUUCCUCCAGGACAACUAGCAAGGUUUUCUUAAGCACUUUUCAGGCUGAGGCCAAGCCCAGAGAGGCUAAGCCCCAGCCCUUGAGUUCUGAGUCACCACCAACUGAGUCACAGGUCAAACCAGCUGAUGCCACCACAGAAAAUGGUUUACAGGAGCAGGACGUGUGAAAGUCAGGUUCAGAAGCCUUGAGCAAAAACUGGCUCUUCCCCACCACAAAAGUAAAGUCACCUUCACACACCAGUUCCUGAAUAGACCAUGACUCCUUCAGGGCAGAAUGGAAGCUUGAGGCUUUGGGAAGUGCAGUUGCAUAUCUCCGUGACUUCUAAAGGUUGGUUCUUCCAAGUUGGCCUUGGCGGUGGUUACACUGAUUGUGAUAGGAAGGUCUGGACUUUCUGCUCCAUGCUCCUUUUUCAGCUACACACAGAAAUUCAGAGUGAAUUGGUUCAGAGCUUACAAAAGUAUUUGACUAUGACAAUCUUCUUGCAUUACUUGAAAGAGAACAAAAAGCCUCCCUUGUCUAACCAGAAUAAAAGGACAGCCAGAAGAGAGCAGGGAGGUGAGAGAGGGAGGCCAGACAGACGAUGAAGCAGGGUGGCAUCUCCUUUAGCUUCAGCAGUGUGCCAGGCAGAGGGCUACAUUGAAGAGCAGGGCAGUGGUGAGGAGCCCUGGCCUGAUGGCCGAGGCAGAGCUUCCUCUUUUCUUGGGCCUCGGCCCGUUGCAGAGAGGGGUGUUGCAGCAGCUGAUGCACACAGAGUUCAGUUUCCCGGGGGAACAGAAGGACUGGUACCCAGCUGAGGCAAUGAGACAGGCUGCUGACGAUGCACAUGACUUCCGGUACAUGAUCCCUGCAACACAGGCCCAGGGAAGUGGGGUUAGCAUGUGCCAUCUGCAGCCCAGCCAUCUCUCUGUGUCCAAAUCUGAGUGCAUAGCUCUCCUUUUAACGCCUCCCUCAGAAAGGGUUUUUGUCCCCUGAGCUGGGAGAUGGCUCAGGGGGUAAGAACUCUCAGACUACUGGAACCUUAGAUUUCUUUUGGGUGAUGGCAUGGAGGUCAUGGUGAAUGUUGUUCCAACAGUGAUUUCAGUUGUUGAUAUCCACAAAUAAAGAGCUAUUAAAAUCA